GGGGAUCUCAAAGAUAUGAAAAGCUCAACAUUGGAAACACAGUCCAAAGAAAUCAACCUCCACGAUGAUAUCUCCUCCUAUGCUGUGCCUUUCGAUCAUCAUAUCAUCCAAAAGUAUGGAAAGAAAUCUUUUGUAUGGAUUGGACCAAUUCCAAGGCUGAAUAUAAUGGAUCCUGAUAUGAUAAGAGACAUUCUCAUCAAUUACAACACUUUUCACAAGCCCAAAGGAAAUUUCUUGUUGAAGUUGCUUGUUGAUGGGCUUGCAUUUGAAGAGGGCGAACGAUGGGCAAAACUUAGAAAGAUACUGAAUCCCGCUUUCAAUCUUCACAAGCUUAAGAACAUGUUGCCAGCAAUCUAUCUGAGUUGUUCGGAGAUUGUGAGUAAAUGGGAGACGUUAAUCUCGCCAACAGGAUCAAGUGAAAUAAAUGUGCUGCCUUAUCUAGCAUAUUUAUCAGCUGAUGUAAUUUCUCGAACAGCACUUGGAAGUAGCUAUGAAGAAGGAAGACGCAUCUUCCAACUCCAAAAGGAACAAAUUCAACUCAUUUUGGAAAAUUCGCAGUCAAGUUACAUUCCUGGAUGGAGAUUUCUGCCAACAAAAUCCAACAGGAAAAUGAAAGAAAUAAACCGUGAAAUCCGAGCUAUAGUGAAGGACCUGAUAAGCAAAAGGGAGAAGAAACUGAAAGAAGGGGAAAUGAAGACUGAAGACUUACUAGGUAUGCUCCUGGAAUCCAAUAUCAAGGAAAUUCAAGAAAGUGGUAACAAAAAAGAUGCUGGAAUCACUAUUGAUCAAGUGAUCGAGGAGUGCAAGUUAUUCUACUUUGCUGGCCAAGAGACAACAUCCAAUUUGCUCGCAUGGACUAUGGUUAUGUUGGCCACCCACCGAAAUUGGCAAGAACGCGCGCGAGAAGAGGUUUUUCAAGUCUUUGGGAAUAAUAAACCAGAUUUUGAGGGAUUGAAUCGCCUGAAAGUUGUAACACUGAUACUGAACGAGGUUCUGAGACUGUAUCCACCGGUGUCAAUGGUAUCCCGGAAAACUUACGAGACUACAAAGCUGGGAGAUGUAACUCUGCCACCGGGUGUGGAACUUCUUUUGCAUAUAAUGUUCGUUCAUCAUGAUACCGAGCUCUGGGGAGAUGAUGCUAAAGAAUUCAAUCCUGAAAGGUUCUCUCAGGGAGUUGCAAAGGCUGUAAAGAAACCCAAUUCCUAUGUCCCAUUUGGUUUGGGUCCUCGCAUAUGCAUUGGCCAGAAUCUCGCAAUGAUUGAAGCAAAAAUGGCAGUGGCAAUGAUUCUUCAACGUUUCUCAUUUGAGCUUUCCCCAUCUUAUCAGCAUGGACCUCAGAUUCGUUUAACUCUUCAACCCCGGUUUGGAGCUCACAUGAUAUUACGCAAAAUAUAGGGAUAUCAAUUUCUCUGUUCUGUGUUUUAAGUCUUAGUU